AGCACUCUUUUGAGUUUCUAUUACGACAAGCUGUCUUAUACCCAUCCGAGGAAAUCUGUCUUUCUUUUUGCGGCGUUGCAGGAGCACACAUUUCUUCCUCGACGUGACUCGAAUUGAAGAAACCACCUCGCUUCGAAACAACCAAGCACCGAACAUCAGCCACUCUCUAUACAACCGCGUAAGCAGCGAAGUGUAGGCUGUCCCAUUGCCUUCUUCUCACCGUUAGUGCAGAAUUCACUCAUAUCGACUGAAAUACAAAAAAAGUUGAAAGGAAAAAAAUGCAAGCCACAGUUGCUGAGCGGGAGCGUGAGAUUGAGGCCAACAUCGCGAUCCGCGAGCGCGAGAUCGCCAGCCUUGAGCAGGAGAAGGCCGAUCUGCAGGCUGGCAUGGCCGCAGGCAAUCCCGAGAUGCGUGACGAUCCGCUGCUGGCUUCCUUUCCAGCACUCGAUUACUGUGGCAAGAAGCCCCGCCUGCCUAUCAGGUCCAUCCCGGUGGAGCAGUGCGGCAACACGAUGAUCCAGCUCGACAUCGCCAAGAAGGCCAUCGAGCAGCAGAACCAGAAGGACCGCGUGGCGAUCCAGGAGCUGCUCCGCCUCAUUCGCGAACAGGAGAAGAACCGCAAGGUGAUUACGGAGAGGACUGCCAAGGUCGUCGACAGCGCCGGCCUCGACAUGAAGUCACUCAUGGCGCGCAGCCGCCGCGACGCGACGAAGACGAAUCAAGAGGAGAGUGAGACCUCCGUCGCGGAGUUGGAGGCGCGCACGCGUCUCAUCGACCGCGAGGUGAAGGCAGCGAAGGUCAUCGCCGAGAAGAAAGGUGAGGCCCUCGUUGCGUUGUCGAAGUUAGUCGACAAGCGGCGCGGCACCAUCGACGACGUCGACUCCCUGUACAAUCAAAUCCGCAUCGUAGACCGCGACUCCGCCGUCGAGACGGAGGAGUUGGAGCGUCUGCGUGCGGAGACGGAGGACGCCGACGCGUGGCUGGCGGAGCGGCCGGACCCGGCGGGCUCGGUGGCCCGCAAAGUCAUCGACGAGGACGCUGCGAAUGUGAAGGGCGAGCGGGAGCAGACCAUCAACGAGCAGCGCAUCCCCCAGGAGCGCGUGAUCAAGGCGCAGGAUUACCGCAUCGCGCAGCUCGAGAAGCGCGUGAAGGUGGUGGAUGCGGCUCUCAAGAACAACGGCCUCUCGCGCGAGGUGGCGAAGAUUGUGUCCCGCAGCUGGUCUCAGAGGGACGUGGAGGUGCCAGAGGAUGAGGAGGAGCUCUACGACAUCGAGAAGAUCAUCCCGGCGCAGGAGAAGAUCCACCCGGGCGUGUACAACCUGCUCCUCACCGAAAAAGAGAAGACGGCGCGCAACGUGAGCAUUCUCACCAUCACCUCAAAGGAAAAGGAGGAGGUGAUCGCGUCUCUUUCGACCAAACUAGAAAACCUUGCGGCUCAAUGCAAUGCCGCAAUUCAAGAGCUUGACAUCUACGCUUCUGAGGCGGCAUUUGCGGAGGAGGAGCAGCGCGUCCAGGCGCUCAAGUGGGUGCGUGAGCAGCGGCAGUACUGUGACAAACUUGCGUCCGAGAAGACGCGGCUGGAGACGGCGAGCCAUCAAUCCUACUAG